UAGUUUUCUCCACCUAUCCAUUAUUGAAAAGAUUAAAUCUUGUCACUGAAUUUCCACAAACCAACCAACGUUAUCCAAUCAAUUUCUUUUCUAUUUGCGCAAAACCAAACCAAACCCACUGAUUAUUUGUUUUUAUUUUUCAAACCUCAAUCAUUCAUCCCCACUGAACCGCCUUUUAUUAGCGUACAAGGAGAGAACGAGAAGAUAAGAAGAAAAGAGAAAUUUUUUAAUCGGGUUAAUAUUCUGUUGUUAUCAUAUAACAAUGUCUACUUUUACUGCUGCUAGUGGAAUGGUUCGAUCAAAUGGGUUCCAAUUCAAGAGCUCAAAGAAGAAGAAUAUGGUGAGUAGGAUGAGGGUUUCUUGUUCUUCUUCGGUUUCGAUGGUGGAUCCCUACAAGACUCUCAAGAUUCAGCCGGGUGCCUCUGAAUCUGAGGUUAAGAAAGCUUUUCGACAGCUCGCUUUGCAGUAUCAUCCUGAUGUUUGUAGAGGAAACAAUUGUGGGGUUCAAUUUCAUCGGAUCAAUGAAGCUUACCAAGUUGUGAUGAGCAAUUUGAGGGAAGAAAGUGAACCUCAGAUGUUAUAUGAGACGUAUGAUGAAGGGGUUGAUGAACCCAUGAGGGGAAUGGACGAUCCAGAUUGGGAAUUAUGGGAAGAGUGGAUGGGAUGGGAAGGAGCUGGAAUCAGAGACUACUCAUCUCACAUUAAUCCUUACAUUUAGUUUAAUAAUCAAGCUGCAACCCCAAAAGUGGAAUGGAGGUUGUUAUUGUAAAUACCUGAAUGUAAAACAGCCAUUGUUCUUUCUUCGUACAUAUAGAAGCUGAGAAAGAAGAUAUUUUGGCUCUCUUUCUAAAAAGUGUUUAGAAAAAAACAAAUGUAAUGGGCCAUGGCCCAUUUACAUGUUCUUUUCAAUCAAACCUAUAUAGAGUUAAUGUCACAAUUACCAAUUUAAUUCA